AUGCCGACCGAAUUCAUCAGUGUCACCCACCCAAAUCAAUCCACUGAGAUUGCGCCUAUCCCCAAUGCCGGCGUUGAUCCAGCCUUCCUCAUCCGAUAUGCUCGCACGCUCGACGAGUAUGGCUUCAACUACACGCUGAUCCCUUACGGAUCAUCUUCCUUCGACCCCUUCACUAUCGGCGCCACCAUCGCCGCCGUGACGAAGAACAUCAAGGUGAUCAUCGCCCUCCGCCCAAACACCAUGUAUCCGACCGUCGCAGCAAAGCAGUUGGCGACGCUCGACCAGCUCAGCUCGGGUCGUGCCGUCGUGCAUUUCAUUGCCGGCGGGAGCGACGCAGAUCAGGCAGCGGAGGGUGACUUCCUGGGCAAAGACGAGCGCUACGGGCGUCUGGAGGAGUACAUCAAGAUCCUCCGACGCGCCUGGGAGUCCGCCGACCCCUUCGACUGGGACGGAAAGUACUACCAGUUCAAGCAGUUCAGCAACAAAGUCCGGCCCGUUAACGGCACCGUGACUGUGUCGGUCGGCGGGUCAUCCGACGAGGCGUAUCGCAUCGGCGGCUCGCUAGCCGACAUCUUCGGGCUCUGGGGCGAGCCGCUGAAGGAAACCAAGCAACAGAUCGAUCGCAUCUACGCCGAGGCCGAGCGCGCCGGACGGGCUGCGACCGACCGACCACGCAUCUGGGUCACGUUCCGGCCCAUCGUCGCGGAGACCGAGGAGCUCGCCUGGGCGAAGGCGCACCGCAUUCUGGACGCUCUGAACGGUAACCGAGCAAACGGAACGGGCAAGGUUCCUGCUAAUGCCCCGGCUCCGCAGAAUGUCGGAUCUCAGCGGCUCCUCGAAAUCGCGAGGCGCGGCGAAGUUCAGGACCGCGCGCUGUGGUACCCGACUGUCACGGCGACCAAUGCGCGUGGGGCCUCGACUGCACUGGUUGGGUCGCCGCAGACUAUUGCUGACUCGAUCCUGGACUAUGUUGAUCUGGGCUGUGAACUGAUCUCCAUUCGGGGAUAUGACACGUUCAACGAUGUUGUCGAUUAUGGACGUUAUAUCUUGCCCAAGGUUCGCGAUGCGUUGCAAGGGCGGGAGAAGAGUGAGCAGGCUGCUUGA